AUGACUACUUCUUCAGGUAAAAGUAGGAUUCACAAAAACACACCCCAGAAGAAAUACAAAGGCAUUCGAUGCCGAAAAUGGGGCAAAUGGGUAUCCGAAAUUAGAGUUCCUGGCUCGCAAAAACGUCUCUGGUUAGGCUCUUAUGCGACCCCUGAAGCUGCAGCAAUAUCACAUGAUGUUGCUUUUUAUUAUCUACGAGGAAUUUCAUCACCGGAAAAAAUCAACUUCCCUUUAAUGUUGCCGGCUGGGGCCUGGACAACGAUGUCUCCCUGUUCGGUACAAAAGAAGGCUUCAGAUGCUGGCAUGGCCAUUGAUGCUCAAUUAUCUUUGAAUAUGGAGAAAGUGAAUGAAGAUUAUAACAUGAAUUUAUUGCAGAAUGAAAAUUGGGAAACAUCUUGGGAGGAGAAUACUGAUAAAUCCUAUGAAAGUGAAGCUUUGAGCAUUUCAGUUGAAGAUUAUCUAUAG